AUGAGCUCACUAGCAUCACUAUUCCAGAAAAUCUCACAACCGAAUCCGGCCGAGAUCGACCCAGAAGAUGGAUACCAUUCGAUCGAUGCCAAAGCCAAGGAGUCAAGAGAACCAGGCGCCGAAGAUGAGGAUAUCGAGAAGCUCAUGGGACCCAGCCAGCUGAGGCAGAAGAUAAACAUCAAUGAAGAAGGUUCUACUCAACAGAGGAAAAAGUAUGCCGGUCGACUGGUGAAUGUCAAAGAUUGGAUGGAUCCCGAUCCGGCUAACCGAUCGGAAUCAGACGACUCAAACAACAAAACCUACAAAGAUCAAAACUUCACUCUUGAAUCAACUCCAAGCCACGCCAAACAAACCACACAAGAACAGCCGUCCGAUCUCAUAAAACAGCUGCAAUCCUCAGUUAAAGCAGACAUCGAAAAGGGGAAGGCCGUUAAAAAACAACUUACGACGUACGAUAGAAUUCUUGCAGUUAGGAUUGGAAUACAAAAGCCUUUGAUUGCUGCCAACAAACUAGUAGAGAUAAAUUCUCAGCAGGAAAAGAUUGAAGGAACAGAUGAUAGCAGUGAGAAGGAACAGGCGCGAAUCGCGAUCAACAACCUCCUGGAAAUCAGCUCCAAGAUUGGCACCUUGAGGGCUCAAUUGAUGGAGUCAAUUGACGGAGAGCCCCCUCGGAAACGGAGGAAGGACCAUCAUGUGAUCGAUGAAGACAGGACAAGUAGUUUGAAAGACUGCCUCGAGCAUGCUGGGGAACUUGAUAAACGAUUGACGCCAUACCUACGAACAACGGUCCGAAAAUGGUCGACGAAGAUCAACUCGACGACGGCGUUAAACACUAAGAAGUUCGACGGCGGCUCGAAGCAACAGAACGUGAUGGACCAACUCGAGCAGAUCUGGUCUUCCAAAGACGAACGCGACAAGUUGGUCACCCGUAGUCGGACCAGUAAACAGCGCACUAAUCGGACUACUCAAAAUGCCACCUCCGGAGAGGCCUUCUCGGGACCCCAAAUCUUCGAAGAUCGUGAUUUCUAUCUCUCUUUGCUGAAGGAGGUCGUCGAAACUGCCACACGGAAUCAGGAAGAGACGAUGAUGGGAAUGAACGACUACAGAUCCCAACGAACGCACCGAGAAGCGGUGGACCCGAAAGCAUCGAAAGGACGCAAGAUCCGCUACGACGUGCACGACAAACUUGUCUCAUUGAUGGUCCCGAUCCAGAAUGAACUGUGGACAGAGGAGCAAAAGGACGAGCUGUUUGCCAGCUUGUUUGGAUUCGGUUCCGAAGCUGCUCCUAAUCCUGCUACUUCUCUGCCUGAAGACCCUCAUCCCCAGUUCUCCCUGUCUAAAUCCGACGGCUUUAAAUUGCUUUAG